AUGGAGACGCGGGAGCACCACCACGGCACGCUCUGUGCCGGGGACUGCAGGAAGCUAAUGCUUGAGAUGCUGAAUCACCAACUUCCACAGCUGUUGCCGAUCGAGGGCAGCAUUCCUAUGAAAAUGGCGCCGGACCUGAUUCUCUUCGCACGUAAAGAGGCGUUGAGAAGAGGCCCGUGUUCGGACCAUGACAUCUCAGACACCGAGAGUCAAACCUCACUUCCUGGCAGAGACAGGGACAGCAAUGCCAGCAUUCUGUCGGCAACUCUGGUCUCCAACACACCUGAAGACGAGACCUUCAAGGAGAUACCCUCGUGGAUAGCGUGCGCGAUGCACCCAAGGACAUCUGCGUCUUCGCCGUUGGCACUUUCAAGUCAAGGCAGUGGCUUUUCGGACGUUUCUCCCACCUGA